AUGUUGUCACGGGAAGGUACGAAGACGAUUGAGUGUUGCGUUUUCGAAAUGAUAGUCUAUUGUAAACACAGCGAGGGGGGUCAAUUUUCCGUCGAGUCAAGCAGGUUGUGGAGCACUGCUCACAUAUCUGCAGGUAUUAAAACUUCCAUACUACCCUCAAGGGCCUCUGGAUCUUGCAAAUUCUUUACCUCGCAGGGCGCAGCCUACGUGCAGUGCGCUCUGUGCCAUACUGUCACACCUGCCCCAUCAUCUGAAGAUAUAGCUUGGCUAACUUGCGGAAGUUGCCAUAUUCAACUCAUGUACAGAUCUGGUGCUGCUAGUGUGUCGUGUACUGUCUGCAACUCAAUAACUGCUGCUCCAGUUGCUCCAAUUUCAGGUACCAUAUUUCCUUUCAUAUACACAUUUAUGUUCUGUCUGCUGGAAGUAAGAUACUGUCAGUGCGGAGGCUGCAGGAUGAUGCUCAAGUAUUCAGCCGGUGCACUAUCCGUGCAGUGUGCUGCCUGUCAGUAUAUUACUGUGACGAUUUUUACCAGAGGAAAGCGUGGCGCUAACAUGGUCGUAGUUGAGAAUCCACCCACCCUGGACGAAAAUGGACACGUGAAAAAUAGCACUUCGGUCGGGUUGGCUGAAGAUUCCUGAGCCAAAAUGGCUGUUCUAUUCCAACAUGUGAUGCUGUUGCCCCGGCAUUUCUCUUGUAAAUUUUCUUUCAAUCAAGCUGGGAUAACUUGAAUGAUAAACUUAAGUAUGUUUUCUUCAAGUUAUGAAUGACUUCUGGAACGUCUUCAUGACAAGGUUCGCGACCUCUUAAAGCUACGAAGUCCCUUCGCCAGUUAUCGAUCUGGUUGGCAAGAGAACCAUGUUUUUCAACGUGGAAAGCUACGUAAAAUCCAUACUCUUCGCGCCCAUACUCCGUUUUCAUUUGCUUCGAGGUUUUCCGGAAGUCACACCCCUCACAAAACUGCACUUUUGCUGUCGUGGAAGCACCUCGAAAACGUCCCCUUUUUCUACGACGUGUUCGCCUCAUGAGAAUUACAGAACCUGUAAGGUCAUUAUGUGGAGGACGACUUUUAUUUCGCGGAGCCCUUCGCAUCCACUCUGAUCUCUUAGCUGUGAAAAUGUAUGGAGAAUCCGCUAUACAUGCUGCAUCAAUCACACACAUUGUCAACCAGGCUUACAGGCCGCAAUACUUGUGGAUGAUCUACGCGCGUUUACUGUUUUUAAUCGAGGGAAUACGGCCACGAGCUUCAAAAUA